AUGCCUACUAAGCGUCGUAAUAACGGACGUUCCAAGCACGGACGCGGCCAUACCUGCAUCUUGAGGUGCUCUAACUGUGCCAGGGCCGUCCCUAAGGAUAAGGCCAUCAAGCGCUUCAACGUGAGGAACAUCGUCGAUGCCUCUUCCCAGAGGGAUAUCCGCGAGGCCUCUGUCUACCAGUCUUACGCUCUCCCUAAGCUUUUCAUCAAGCAGGUGUACUGCGUUUCCUGCGCUAUUCACGCUCGUGUCGUUCGUGUGCGUUCCGCCGAGAACCGUCGCGUCCGUGAGGCCCCUCCUCGCCGCGGUGCUCCCCAGAGGAACUAA